AAAUUAGUAGAUGUAACAGUCUAAACUUUUAUGACAAGUGGGAAAAAACCAUGCAUUAAUAAUGCUCAAUAAAUUUUAAUUCAAUGAAGCUAAGAUUUAGUAACAUCUCACCACCACUCAAUCUUAUAUAUUGCUUCUGGCCAAGAAGUGACUGGGAGACAAUGGUUGAUCAUCAAAGAAUGGUCUGGUUUAAUGUAGUUACAUUAGUGGUGUAUUUAUUUUCAGUUUGUGCAGUGAAAGCCCAGAGUAAUGAAGACUUUGUGCAGUGUCUGUUCUCCAAGUUCCCCAACAUCACCACACAUCUUUAUAAUAAAACUUCAUCUGAAUUUCGACCUCUUUAUCAAUCUAUGCAGCAAAAUACAAGAUGGCUCGACGAUUCAGCAGCACCUGUUUUUAUAUUAACUCCUUUUAGUGAGUCUGAGAUUCAGGCAGCUGUUGCAUGCAGUCAAUCUAAUGGAGUGAAACUCAGGAUCAAAAGUGGUGGCCAUGACUAUGAGGGACUAUCGUUUCGAUCCAGUACAAGUUCACCCUUUGUCAUCAUUGACAUGUCUCAGCUUCGAGACGUGAGGGUAGAUGUGGCUAAUGAAGUGGCAUGGGUGGGGGCAGGAGCGACGAUUGGAGAGCUUUACUACGCCAUUGCUAAGGAAAGUUCUGUUCACGGGUUUCCUGCAGGGACGGCUCCAAGUGUUGGAGUUGGAGGACAAUUUAGUGGUGGUGGCUUUGGAUGGUUGGUUAGAAAGUAUGGCCUAGCAGCUGACAAUGUGCUGGAUGCGCGCAUUGUGGAUGCGUCAGGGCGCUUGCUUGACAGAGGAAAAAUGGGGGAGGAUUUGUUUUGGGCCAUUAGAGGAGCUGGUGGAGGUAGUUUUGGCAUUAUCACUUCUUGGAAAAUUAAGCUAGUCCAGGUUCCUCCAAUCAUGACAACUUUUACCAAGCACAAGCUGCUAACUGAAAAUGCUACUGCAUUACUCGACGAGUGGCAAACAAUAGCCCCAAAGCUCCCGAACAAUCUGGUCAUCAGAAUUUUGGCAAGACUGCAAAAUAAAAACGGAGAGAAAUCAGUUAAAAUUUCCUUUAACUCUCUCUUCCAGGGGGCUAAAUCCGACUUAAUGUCAAUUAUGAACGAGAAAUUUCCAUCUUUGGGUUUGAUGGAAUCGGAUUGCUUUGAGAUGCCAUGGGCAAACACUUCUCUUCUUUACUGGGGAGCAAAGCAAGGAAAUGAGUACCCGUUAGAGGAUAUACUAAACCGAACAGACAGGCUUGUAGGUACAUACAAAGGCAAAUCUGAUUUUGUAAGGACACCGAUCCCCACAAGUGCAUUCCAAGGAAUUUGGAAUUUGUUUACAGAAGAAAGUGGCCUUAUGAUAUUUGAACCAUUUGGGGGAAAAAUGGAUGAGUUCUCAGAAACUGACCUUCCUUUUCCUUACCGCAAUGGUACACUAUAUAACAUGCAAUAUUUAGUCCAUUGGCAAAACAAUGAUCAAGAACAGGGCCAGCGAAGUGUGGAGUGGAUAAACAAAAUGUACAAAUACAUGACACCUUUUGUGACAAGCAAUCCGCGGGGGGCAUAUGUGAAUUACAGGGACCUUGACUUGGGAAUGAAUCAACCCCAAGGCAAAAGUAACUACGAUGAAGCUAAAGUUUGGGGAGAGAAAUAUUUUGGCAACAAUUUUAAAAAAUUGUGUAGCUUGAAGCACCGGGUUGAUCCUCAAGAUUUCUUCAGUUAUGAGCAGAGCAUUCCUCCGGUGUCUUCAGAGUCUGAACAAGCAACUGUAAUGACAUCCAAACUGCCACCAAUUGAAGCGAUGAGGGCACCACCGACUAAAUGGUACAGUGGAUGGAGCUGAGCCAAGAUAGAAUUCUUUUGAAAAUGGCAAUAAUAAACAUAGAAGAAUAAGUGACACAAGCACUUGACAGUUACACCUUACAUUUAUCAAGUGAAAUGAAAUGUGUUCCAUCACUAUGAACUGCAACAGAUUACUGAUUGCAUCAGAUUAUUAGUUAUCAGAUUUUGGUAUGAAUUGUA